CAAUUGAUGAUUUUAUUCGCAUUUAAUGGAUUUACUCAGUGAGUCGAUUUAAUUUACUCGUAGAUCAAUUUUAUAUCAACAUGACAAUCGGAAUAAAGUGUCGUGUCUCUUUGUUUGUUUUUUUUUUUUACGAAUGAUUAGUAAUCAAAAAAAAAAAAAAACUUUGUGUUUGAUUAUUUUCUUUUUUACGGUUAAAUCGAAGAUUCGUUACAUCAAGGAUUUAAUAGUUUAGAAUUAGUGACACAAUUGAUAUACGAAAAUUUGCAUUUUAUCUCUUUGUAAGCAACCUUUAUAAAAAUGACUGAAACAAAAUCUUACGUUUGUCAACUAUCUCAAAUUGAAAGAGAUUACGCGGCGGCAAAUUUGAAUGAAACGGAUGACAAUAGAUCGCAAAAUAUCAAAGAAAUACGCGAAUGGAUUUUAAAACAUGACAAUUUACAUGCUUGUACUGACGACUUUUUUAUUCUACGUUUUUUAAGAACAUGCAAAUUUAAUCUCGAAAAAACGAAAUACAAACUAUGGAAUUAUUAUGAACAAAGAUGCAAUAUUCCUGAAUGGUAUUCAAACAAGGAUCCUUUUCUACCGGAAUUACAGGAAAUGUUUAAAUUAGGGGUAUUUUUGCCGUUGAGAAAAUUAGACAAUUUAGGAAGAUUGGUGAUUUUAAUACGAGUCGCUGCUCAUGAUCCUAGUAAACAAAAAUUAGAGAAUAUGUUAAAGGCUUCUUUGAUGAUAUUGGAUCUAGCAAUAAGAGAAAAUGAAUCUGCUUCCUUGCAUGGUGUAGUAGCAAUUUUGGAUUUGGAAGGUAUUUCUCUUGGUCAUGCGCUUCAAUUUCCACCUAGCGUAAUUAAAAAGUUGGUACAUGCUUGGCAAGGUUGUUAUCCUUUGAGGAUACAAGCAUUAGAAUUUAUUAAUUCACCAACUUAUGUCAAUGUUGUAUUAAAUGUGUUCAAAAGUUUUAUGACAAACAAAUUGAAGGAAAGAAUACACGUACACAACCGUGGAAAGAAAACAUUUCUUGAUAAGGUACAACGUGAUAUAUUACCAAUCGAAUAUGGCGGUACUGACGGAUCCAUUAACGAUUUGAAAGAUUACUGGAAAAAUACAGUGGAAGAAAAUCGAAUGUGGUUCACUGUUGAAGAAAGUUAUAAAUUAAUUGUUAAUAAUGUAUAAAUGUCUAAUCUAAAGGAUAAAGUAUUAACAAUAGAUUUACGAAUAUUUUGUUAAUUACUUUUUAAUGAUUUAAUAACAUUGUUUGGAUGAUGGAUUAAGUAAAGGAAUGGAAUUAAUAUUUAACUAAUAUAUUGGGUUUACCAAAAAAAAACAUUAGUUCAAUUUUUCGUCACUAGGGGUAACGACCCCAUUUCUUAAAAUGGAAUAUACAAAAUUGCCGCCAUGUUGGUAAAAGUUCAAAAGUAAUUCAAUUAAUUAAUUGUUCAAAUUAGGAAUAAUUUAUUAUUUUAUGAAAUAUUAUUAAAAAUGUAC